CAGCAGCUCUGAGCCGAACUGACAGCAUGAAGGCCCUCCUGGCCCUGCCGCCGCUGCUGCUGCUGCUCUCCACACCUCCCUGCGCCCCCCAGGCCUCUGGGAUCCGGGGAGAUGCUUUGGAGAAGUCUUGCCUUCAGCAGCCCCUGGACUGUGAUGACAUCUAUGCCCAGGGCUACCAGACAGAUGGUGUGUACCUCAUCUACCCCUCAGGCCCCAGCGUGCCCGUGCCUGUCUUCUGUGACAUGACCACUGAGGGUGGCAAGUGGACGGUUUUCCAGAAGAGAUUCAAUGGCUCAGUGAGUUUCUUCCGGGGCUGGAAUGACUACAAGUUGGGCUUUGGCCGUGCAGACGGGGAGUACUGGCUGGGGCUGCAGAACAUGCACCUCUUGACCCUGAAGCAGAAGUAUGAGCUGCGGGUAGACUUAGAGGACUUUGAGAAUAACACAGCCUAUGCCAAAUAUGUCGACUUCUCCAUCUCCCCGAAUGCGGUCAGCGCUGAGGAGGAUGGCUACACCCUCUAUGUGUCAGGCUUUGAGGAUGGUGGUGCAGGUGACUCCCUGUCCUACCACAGCGGCCAGAAGUUCUCCACCUUCGACCGGGACCAGGACCUCUUUGUGCAGAACUGUGCAGCCCUGUCCUCAGGAGCCUUCUGGUUCCGCAGCUGCCACUUUGCCAACCUCAACGGCUUCUACCUGGGUGGCUCCCACCUUUCCUAUGCCAACGGCAUCAACUGGGCCCAGUGGAAGGGCUUCUACUACUCCCUCAAGCGCACCGAGAUGAAAAUCCGCAGGACCUGAGGGGCUGGCCCCCUCAGGCUCCAUUCCUCCCUGGCAACCCCA